AUGAUACUGUUGCGCGUCGAAUGUGAUAUAGCUGAAGAUGUAAAGUAUCAGCAUUUCUCGAAAUUGAGUGACAAAUUGUUUUCAAUACAGCUUGAUGAAGCAACAGGUGGUAAUAAAGAAACUCACUUAAUUGCCUACGUUCGAUUUCGUGAUAAUAUGUCAGUAGUAGAAAAACUACUUUUCCGCAAACCAAUAAAACUCAAAACAACAGCGUUCUUAUUAUUUGCUAUUUUAAAUGAUUUUAAGAAUAAGGGCAACACAGAAUGGAAAAAUUGCAUCGAAAUGUGCACAGAUGGUGCUCGUUCAAUCUUAGGAAGAUUCCAAAGUAAGCAUGCACUUGUAAAGCAAAGAUCGCCUCAGUGCGUCUGGACACAUUGCAUAAUCCACAGAGAAGCAUUGGCUUCGAAAGAAAUGAGUCCUGGUCUGAAUAUUGUGUGA